CACCCCUUUGGCUCCUCCUUGAUUCAAAUGAUAGGUCAAGAGGAAGAAGGAAAACAAAUUCAAGAGGUGCUCUCAAGCAUCUAGAAUUCUCGGCCUCCCACCUCUUGAGAAGAAAAUUUGGCCCCAGCUCUGACUCAGUCCAUUAAAAACUGGACUGUUCUCUUAAAGCACCAACUGUAUUUGAGCCUUUGGGUGAAACUGGAAGAAAGGAGUUCACAAGUGCUGUGGGCUGUGCAGGAGUCAGGGGCUGCCAACUCGCAGUGAAAACAGAAAGAUGGCAGGCCUGAGGCCCAACAUUCAAGCAGAUCCUGAGAUUGAGCUUUUUGUGAAGGCUGGAAGUGAUGGGGAGAGUAUUGGAAACUGUCCAUUUUGCCAACGCCUUUUCAUGAUCCUCUGGCUUAAAGGAGUUAAAUUCAAUGUGACUACUGUUGACAUGACCAGAAAGCCCGAAGAGCUAAAGGACUUAGCUCCAGGUGCCAAUCCUCCCUUCCUGCUGUAUAACAAGGAGUUGAAAACAGACUUCAUUAAAAUUGAGGAGUUUCUAGAGCAGACACUGGCUCCUCCAAGGUACCCUUGCUUGAGUCCCAAGAACAAGGAGUCCUUUGAUGUGGGCAGUAACCUCUUUGCCAAGUUUUCUGCAUAUAUAAAGAAUACACAAAAGGAGGCAAAUAAGAAUUUUGAAAGAGCUCUGCUCAGAGAAUUUAAGCGUCUGGAUGACUACUUAAACACCCCACUUCUGGAUGAAAUUGAUCCAGACAGUACUGAGGAACUCACAGUUUCCAGAAGAUUGUUCUUGGAUGGGGAUGAUCUGACACUGGCUGACUGCAGCUUGUUACCCAAGCUGAACAUUAUUAAAAUUGCUGCCAAGAAAUAUCGUGACUUUGACAUUCCAGCAGAAUUCUCAGGAGUCUGGCGCUAUCUCCACAAUGCUUAUGCCCGUGAAGAAUUUGCCCACACGUGUCCUGAAGACAAAGAAAUUGAAAAUACCUAUGCAAGUGUGGCUAAACAGUAGUUAGGGCAGCUCUUCCAAUAGAAAAAGCACUCUAUAUAACUCUCUUAUGAAAAAAAAAACACACCACCACCACACCAUGCUGUAUUUUCUGUAGCUGGCCACUGUGUAUUUUAAAGGUCUUCAUAUUUUUGCUUUAAUUUUCUUUAUUUCCAUGGCAUAACUGCUGCAAUUCUUGUAUAACUACUGAAAUACUAAAUGAUAUGGAAAGCACCAAGA